AUGACUUCUCCCAAUAUCGAACUCCUCACAGCAGGUACUCCCAACGGCCAAAAGAUCUCUAUCUUCCUCGAAGAACUCGGCAUCCCCUACAAGACCACUUCGAUUGACCUGUCCAAAGACGAACAAAAGUCUUCUUCUUUCCUCAAAGUCAACCCUAAUGGUCGCAUCCCGGCCAUCAUAGACCACACCCGCAACUCCUAUCCUGUCUUUGAGUCUGGGGCCAUCUUUCUCUAUCUUGCCGAGCACUAUGACACAGAUUUCAAGUUCAGCUUCCAGGACAGUGAUGAGGCGAUGGAAAUGAUACAAUGGCUUUUCUUUCAGAAUGCGGGCGUGGGCCCAAUGCAAGGGCAGGCGAACCACUUCGUGCGAUAUGCACCCGAGAAGAUCGAGUACGGGGUGAAGCGAUAUCAGAACGAAACGAAACGGCUCUAUUCUAUACUCGAAGCUCGCCUUGAAGAUAGAGAUUAUCUAGCAGGCAAGGGUCGUGGCAAGUACAGUAUCGCGGACAUAACAACGUUUACCUGGGUUCGGUGGGCACCAUGGGCAGGUAUUGAGCUAAAGGAGUUUCCGAAAUUGAAAGAGUGGUGUGAAGGGGUGGAGAAGAGGGAUUCUGUGAAAAAGGGCCUUUUGGUGCCGUCGGGUGAAGAUCAGAUCGAGAGAUUAAGGAAGGAUCCGAAUGUACAAGAUCCGUUUAAAGAGUGGGUGCAAAAGGGCCAGAAAGAAGUCGCAGAAAAGCAUGGGAAUUAA